UUGUUUUUUACUUUUUUAGUAUUGAUGCAACUAAUGUGGAUGGCAUUGGUAAACUUGUCAACGAUUCUCCAUCACGAUUGGCCAAUUCCAAAAUGCGCAGAGUGAUUGUAGGCAAUAGUGUUCACCUUUGUCUUUUUGCUACACGUCAUAUUACCGCCGGCACUGAAGUUAGGUAUAUGCUUUAAUUUUUGUCAAUGCUAUGUUUAAAAAAUGUCACUUAGAAGUUUUAAGUGUUAUUGCAAACCAGGAAGGUUUCACAGCUUAAAACAAAUUAUUCUUUAUUUUACUAUAUUUUAUAUAGAUAUGACUAUGGUGAGGAUCGUGCACAAUUACCUUGGCGUAAAGAGAAAUGGAAAUGUCAUCCUUUAAAAAGCAAAGAUGUUUCUGAAAUGGAACAAACAAAGGGAAAAAAAGGUCAAAAAGAGAAUAAAGGCAGUGACAAAUAUGCUGAUAAAAAUGAAAUAGAAAAUAUAAAAAAAGAAACAAAAAAACUGAAGGAAAGUAUAAAAUACGAGAAAGAAGAAGGAAAAGAAGAUAAGAAAGUAGGUAAUGAAGAUAUAAAAACAGAAACAAAGAAGAAGAAAGAAGAGAAAGAGAAAACAAAGAAAGAAUAUAAAAAAGAAGCUGAAGAAAAAAGUGAGACAAAAAAAAGACAAGAGGAUAAGAAAGAAGUUAAAGAAAAAAAUGAGAAAGAAGAGGCUAAUGGAGAUAAUAAAGAAAGCAAAGAGAAAACAAUAGAAGAAGAAAACAACAUGAAAAUUAAAAAUAAAAAGGAGAAUGGUGAACAGGACAUUGAAGAUAAAAAAAAAGAAAAAAAAGAAACUAAUGCUGAAUGUAGUGCUACGGUAAGUUUAACUUCUUUAGUUUAACUUCCUACCAAUAAUUUUAAAAAAGACAGUAAAAUUUGUCUUUAAAUGCAAAAGUGGUAACGUUUGCUUUAUUCUUUUUCAUAUAGAAUUCAAAUUUUAUUCACUUUGAUUGGCAGCAUACAAAUAUUUAAGAUUUAAUUUGUGAAGCUUUUUAAAAAUGUUAUAACGUAAAUUUCUACAGGAUGUCAUUAUUUUUAAUUAUUUGUUUGAUUGUUUUUACCUGUAUAAGUUUUGAUAGAUGUUUUUAUUGCCUGAUGAUGUACUAGAAGUAUGAAAUGCUUCACAAUAAAUACAUUUUUAUGAAUUUAUAUACUUUUUUCAAUAUUAGGAAUAAAACACGGCUUUAUUUUUGUAAUAUUAAAUAUUUAGGAGUUUUAACAAACUUUAAAGCUUAAUAGUUACAUCUGAUUCGUUUCAUGUGGAAAUAAUACAUCCAAGACAAAAACUUUGGUUAUGAUUAUAAGCUUGAUAAAUAAAAACGAAAAAAAUAUUUCACCACUAAAAUAUGACUGUAAAACUCUGUUUUCAUA